AUGCAGCUCUUUGGCGGAACCAUUGGGUGGCGAGCAAAUAAACAAGACACAGUCACAACAUCGACGACUGAAGCUGAACUUCUUGCGUUGUCACAAGCAACGAAAGAGUCAAUGUUUGUCUCUCGUCUUCUCAAAGAAAUCGGUAUCCGCCUAGAUAGCAAGACGAUACAGAUCCAGUGCGACAACCAACAAACAAUCAAGCUGGUUAACAAGGAAGUUGGACUGCUGCAGACCAAACUCCGCCAUGUUAACAUCCACGACCACUGGAUACGUCAGGAAACUGAAAAGGGGACAAUUUCAGUAAACUACGUACCAACAGGAGAGAUGGUGGCAGAUGGACUCACCAAAGCCCUCAGCAGUCAACCAUUCAAGGUCUUCAUUGACCGACUUGGUCUGGUGGACAUUGAAGGGAAACUAAGGCAACGAACACUCGAAGAAAUGGACACUGAGGCUUUGCAGGAGAGGCUUGAGCUGCUUGAACUAUGA